GACAAACAUAGAUACACGGAAUCGGAGAUUCACUCCGAACGCUCUCGUCUGCACUCAACUCCGCGGAUGUGGUAUCGUGGAGGUGAGGCUAUCGGGAGGAUCGCAUAUCGACCGACUGCAAACAUGACAAUUAGGACGCUGAGAGAUCAUGGUCAGCACUACCGACCACGGAUGGCAUGCCUAAAAAAUGUGGAGGUGUUUGUGGUUGAGAUGCAGGAUCCUAAGAGUGGGGUGAAGGGUGCCGACCAGAAACUCAACGUGACCACCAUCCCACACGUCAUCAACGGGCAGGACAUUCUAGCAUGGAUAGUCACCAAACUGAAGGUUACCACAGAAGAGGCCCAGGCGUUUGGGACCAUGCUGGUGGCCUACGGGUACAUCUACCCCCUCCAGAACCACAGGAAGUUGGUCCUGGUCCCCGACAGCACCCUCUACCGCUUCCAGACCCCUUAUUACUGGCCCGUGCAGAAGUGGCCCGCUGAGGACAUAGACUAUGCCAUCUACCUGGCCAGGAGAAACAUCCGGAAGAAGGGGAUGCUGGAGCCCUAUGAGCAGCAACACUACGACAACCUCCACAAAUGGAUGAACCCCAAGUGGGAUUUCAUCGUGAUGCAGGCUACAGAACAGUACAAGGCUAAUAAGGAGAGGAAGAAGCCAGACAGAGUGGUGUUGGACUGUCAGGAGAGAGCCUACUGGAUAAUACACAGGCCACCACGCCGGACACACAGCGCCAUGGACUACGGACUGGACCGUCUCAUUGACCCCAAUGCAGAGGAGGUGUUAACCUACGACAUGGUCAGGAGAACCAACAUUUUCCUUACACAAGCCCUAAUGAGGUCAGCUGUCAAAUCGUCUGUGUCCCUCACAGCCUUUGUCAAGUACGUGACAAGCCACCACAACCACGACCCGUUCCUGACAACCCCUGUCCCUAGCAACCCCUGGAUAACGGACAGUGAUGAGUUCUGGCAACUCAACUCAAGAAGUGUGGACACCCCCACUAAGUUGAGUGUGGAGCGCUGGGUCCUGAGCUUCUGGGAGCUGAUCAGUGACCCUCGAGGCAGAGUCGACUUCAAGCUCUUCCUCAAGAAGGAGCACAGUGCGGAGAACAUGGCGUUCUAUGAGGCAGCUGAGGAAAUGAGAUGGGGAGCGGCAUCUGCUAUUCCAGAGAAGUCCCAGUUCAUCUUCAACACCUUCCUGAAACCCGGAGCUCCUAGAUGGAUCAACAUUGACGGUCGUACCAUGGGGCUGACAGUGAAGGGACUGGUUGUUCCUCACCGCUACGUCCUCGACGCUGCCCAGACACACAUCUUCCUGCUCAUGAAGAAGGAUACCUUCUACCGCUACCUCAAGUCUCCAGUCCACAAAGACAUGCAGAAGAGGGCUCUGGUCCCGGCCCCUCACGUCUUCACUGAUGCCCAGUUGGAGGCCAAUGAGAGGAAUCGUAACCCAGGCAUCAGCCCCAUCAUUCUGUGGCAGCAGGAGGAGGAGGAGAAGGCAGCAGCAGCUGUUGCUGCCAGGCCCAUUGACGUCAAAGCCAUGAUGGCCACCAACAAGCUGGACAGGAAGUAGAGAGAGCCCAGGGCACCAUGGGAAAUGGAGUUUAAUAUACAUACUGUUGUUCAUCUAAUAUAUAUAUACACUACCAGUCAAAAGUUUCGACACACCUACUCAUUCAAGGGUUUUUGUUUAU